AUGAUAAGAUUUUUUGAUGUGAUUUCAUAUUUGGAUUUUUUUUUUUUCCCUCAAAAAGAAUGGUGUUGGACAAUUUUAAAUGAUUUCUAUUUGACAGUUUUUGUUUUUUCUUUAUUAUACAUAAAAAAAAAAAAAAAAAAAACUUAUUUUAAAAAUCUAAUCUCUGAUAAUAUUUAUUUAGGUUUUUGGGAUAAUUUAUUUUGA